AUGGAAUACACUAUUAUAGUAGCUGAAACUGCGGAUUCUCCAGCAACAUUACAAUAUCUCGCUCCGUAUACGGGAGCAGCUUUGGCUGAAUUUUUCAUGUACCGCGAAUGCCACACUUUAAUUAUUUAUGACGAUCCCUCCAAACAAGCCCAGGCUUAUCGCCAAAUGUCUCUUCUAUUAAGACGACCGCCAGGUCACGAAGCUUAUCCGGGAGAUGUUUUUUAUUUGCAUUCACGUCUUUUGGAAAGAGCCGCUAAAUCAAGUUCUCAGUUAGGUGAAGGAAGUAUGACUGCUUUGCCAAUAGUUGAGACUCAAUCGGGAGAUGUUUCAGCUUAUAUUCCUACUAUGAAUCAUAGAACUAUAAUGAAAUACACGAUCAACCACCAGUUAUCAAAUUUGAAAAAGAGUCAGAAGAAAUGGUUCGAUCCUCUUAUUUUGAUUUCUCGAACCGAGAGAUCCAUGAAUCGGGAUCUUAAUGCAUGUAGAUACAGAUGGUCCAAUGGGAGCAAGAAUUUCCAAGAACAUUUAAAACUUCUCAGUUCUGAGCAGAAUAGCCGUUUUCAAGUAGUGUUCGAUCGAUUACGUAUUAAUCAAUAUUCGAUUGAUUGGUCUGAGGUUGAGGUUAUCGACAAAAAAGAUUUGUCUAAAUAUAUCAUGGCGAAUUCUUCAGAUUCCAUUGUGGAAGACACAAUGGAAUCUGAUAAGUGA